UGGCAUUUGACGGGCAGCCGUCAGCUAGUCAGCGGUUGCAAAUGGCGACAGCCACGAAAUCUCUGGCACCGACUCGCGAAUAGUUUCACGCCUACCGAGUGCUGCGUGAUCGAGCCGUGCGUGAAAGUUACCUUAACUCAGAUCGGUGGUUUUUAAGAAGAAGAAGACAAAAUGCCGGCUGUUAGAGGAGAUGGAAUGCGAGGAUUGGCUGUGUUCAUUUCCGAUAUCAGAAAUUGCAAAAGUAAAGAAGCGGAGAUCAAGAGAAUAAAUAAAGAAUUGGCAAAUAUUCGGAGUAAAUUUAAAGGAGACAAACCAUUAGAUGGUUACCAAAAAAAGAAAUAUGUUUGCAAGCUCCUCUUUAUUUUUCUGCUUGGUCAUGAUAUUGACUUUGGACAUAUGGAGGCUGUCAAUUUACUUUCAUCUAACAAGUAUUCAGAAAAACAAAUUGGAUACCUUUUCAUAUCAGUUUUAGUAAAUACGAAUAGUGAUCUCAUUAAGUUGAUAAUUCAAAGUAUAAAAAAUGAUCUUGCGUCCCGUAAUCCAGUUCAUGUUAAUCUUGCGCUUCAAUGCAUUGCCAAUAUUGGCAGUAAAGAGAUGGCUGAAGCUUUUGGUAAUGAGAUACCAAAAUUACUUGUUUCUGGAGACACCAUGGAUGUAGUAAAACAAAGUGCAGCAUUGUGCUUAUUAAGAUUAUUACGCACUGCCCCAGAUGUUGUUCCUGGUGGAGAAUGGACUUCACGUAUAGUUCAUCUGUUAAACGAUCAACAUCUUGGUGUUGUUACUGCAGCAGCAUCUCUGAUAGAUGCCCUUGUAAAAAGAAAUCCAGAUGAAUACAAGGGGUGUGUUAGCUUAGCAGUUUCAAGAUUGAGCAGGAUUGUGACAUCAAGCUACACAGAUCUACAGGACUAUACAUAUUAUUUUGUGCCAGCACCAUGGUUGUCUGUUAAGUUGCUGCGUUUACUACAGAAUUAUACUCCACCUGCUGAAGAUCCAGGUGUAAGAGGCAGAUUGAACGAAUGUUUAGAAACUAUAUUAAACAAAGCUCAAGAACCACCAAAAUCAAAGAAAGUACAACACUCUAAUGCAAAAAAUGCGGUGUUGUUUGAGGCCAUUAGUUUAAUUAUUCACAAUGAUAGUGAACUGCCUUUGUCGGUCAGAGCGUGCAAUCAACUUGGCCAAUUUCUUUCAAAUCGUGAAACUAAUCUUCGCUAUUUGGCUCUGGAGUCCAUGUGUCACUUAGCUAGAUCUGAGCUAUCGCACGAGGCAGUGAAAAAGCAUCAAGAGGUUGUUAUUCUUUCUAUGAAGAUGGAGAAAGACGUGUCUGUGAGGCAACAAGCUGUAGACCUUCUAUACGCUUUAUGUGAUAAGAGCAAUGCAGAAGAAAUAGUACAAGAAAUGUUAAAUUACCUUGAAACGGCCGAUUAUUCGAUUAGGGAAGAGAUGGUUCUAAAAGUUGCGAUCCUAGCUGAGAAGUAUGCUACCGAUUACACUUGGUAUGUUGAUGUUAUAUUGAAUCUCAUUAGGAUAGCUGGUGAUUACGUGUCGGAGGAAGUUUGGUACAGAGUUAUCCAGAUAGUCAUCAAUCGAGAUGACGUGCAGGGAUACGCAGCGAAAACUGUGUUUGAGGCCUUGCAGGCACCAGCUUGCCAUGAAAAUAUGGUGAAAGUUGGUGGCUAUAUACUUGGCGAAUUCGGAAAUCUCAUUGCUGGUGAUCAACGUUCGUCACCGGCUGUGCAAUUUCAAUUAUUACAUUCCAAAUAUCACUUAUGCUCCCCAAUGACUCGAGCAUUGUUAUUAUCGACGUAUAUUAAAUUUGUUAAUUUGUUCCCUGAAAUGAGACAUCAGAUACAAGAUGUCUUUCGACAACACAAUAAUUUACGUAGCGCAGAUGCGGAGCUACAACAGAGAGCUUCCGAGUACCUCCAAUUAAGUAUUAUUGCAUCCAGCGAUGUACUUGCAACUGUUUUGGAAGAGAUGCCUGCGUUCCCCGAGAGAGAAUCCUCCAUUCUUGCAGUGCUGAAAAAGAAAAAGCCUGGUAGAGUGCCUGAGAAUGAAACCAGAGACAGUAAAAGUCCUGCGCCGAAUGCUAAUCAUCAUGCAGAGGCGCCUGCGGCCGCAGCAGGAGCGGUUAAUAAUACAUCAGCAGAUUUAUUGGGUCUUUCUACGCCACCGUCUUCUCAACCGACCAGCAAUACAGGAGUACUCCUCGACGUGCUGGGAGAUAUUUAUAAUAUAUCAAACAAAGUCGGUGCUACAAAUGGUGCCCAAAAUACGUAUAAUCCUAAGAAAUUCGUUUGUAAAAACAACGGUGUACUAUUCGAAAAUGAUUUAAUUCAAAUCGGAGUGAAAUCGGAAUUUAGACAAAAUUUGGGGCGUGUUGGUUUGUUCUACGGAAAUAAGACUCAAUACGCUCUUCGUAGUUUUCAAACUCAACUUUCUUGGACAGAGGAGAAUCAAGCAAAAUUAGCCGUACAAGUGAAGCUAGUCGAUCCUGUGCUGGAAGACGGUGCUCAGAUUCAACAAAUGAUCAACGCGGAAUGCAUUGAUGACUAUAGCGAUGCGCCGAGUAUGCUCAUAUCUUUCGUUUACAAUAACGUGCCACAAAAGAUAACGAUGAAAUUACCAUUGACGAUCAACAAAUUCUUCGAGCCGACGGAGAUGAACGGAGAAUCCUUCUUCGCGAGAUGGAAAAAUCUUGGAGGAGCGAACCAGCAGCGUUCGCAGAAAAUAUUCAAAGCUCAACAACCAAUAGAUCUAUCGCAGGUUCGCACGAAAUUGCAAGGAUUUGGAAUGCAGUUACUGGACGGUAUCGAUCCGAAUCCUGAUAAUUUUGUCUGCGCGGGUAUAGUACACAUGAGGGCACAACAAGUAGGAUGUUUGUUACGUUUGGAACCUAAUAAACAAGCGCAGAUGUUCCGUUUGACGGUACGUUCGAGUAAGGAAUCAAUGUCAGUAGAGAUCUGCGACCUGCUGGUGGACCAAUUUUAAAACGGCCUAGCAGGCGUGAAAUUAAUCUAAGAUGCAUUAAAAACGCCGUGGGAAGACAUAUCGUGAUUAUAAAAGGAUGUCGUCUCUCGACGUUCAGAAAGAUACUGAUGAUUAUUUGUUAAGAGAUAUUCGUUGUACCCAAGCUUACGCUCACAGCGCGGUCGUGAGAACUGAACCCUUGUGUAGACGGAGCGUUGUUACCACGUAUAAUCCUGAAAAAAAAAAU